CCCCCAUCCUAAACCCCAUAAGAAGAUUCCCAUAAUAGCCCUCUUAUUCUUCCCAAAAUAGCCAUGAAUUCCCGGAUCCCCGGAUUGGUUCUCAGGCAACUCAGCCCCCACCUCUUCUCGACGGCAACAAUCCCCGGCGCCGCCGUCAUCGGGCCGGCCCACUCACUCAUGGCCGGGUCCGCCGGUAUGAGGACUGCGCCGGCGACAUGGGUGGCUAGCGUCCGUUUCGUCGGCACGGUCCCACUGACGGCUGUCGGUGGCGGCAAGGCGGCGGAGAAGGGCGGCGCGGCUGCCGACGGAACCGCCUGUGAAAAGAAGGAGAAGGCCGUGGUGAGCUACUGGGGGAUGGCGCCGGCCAAGCUCUGUAAGGAGGACGGCACCGAGUGGAAGUGGUCAUGCUUUAGGCCGUUGGAUUCCUACUCCUCCAACCUGUCGAUCGAUCUCGAGAAGCAUCACGUUCCGAUCACGUGGGGUGAUAAACUGGCUCGCUGGACGGUGAGGUCGCUUCGGAUUCCAACGGAUAUCUUCUUCCAGAGGAGGUUCGGUUGUCGUGCGAUAAUGUUGGAGACGGUGGCGGCGGUGCCGGGAAUGGUGGCCGGCAUGAUCCUCCAUCUCCGCUCGCUCCGCCGCUUCGAGCACAGCGGCGGUUGGAUCAAGGCCCUCCUCGAGGAGGCCGAGAACGAGCGCAUGCACCUGAUGACCUUCAUGGAGGUAUCGCAGCCGCGGUGGUACGAGCGCGCCCUCGUCGUCACCGUCCAGGGUGUCUUCUUCAAUGCCUACUUUCUUGCCUAUUUCCUCUCCCCCAAGCUCGCCCAUCGCAUGGUCGGCUACCUUGAGGAGGAGGCCAUCCACUCCUACACUGAAUUCCUCAAAGACAUCGACGCCGGCAAGAUUGAGAACGUCCCUGCUCCGGCCAUCGCCAUCGACUACUGGCGUCUGCCUCCUAACGCAACGCUCCGUGAUGUGGUCGCCGUUGUUCGGGCCGACGAGGCCCACCACCGCGACGUCAACCAUUUCGCCUCGGACAUUCACUACCAAGGCCAUGCGUUGAGAGAGCUUCCGGCACCACUUGGGUAUCACUGAAAGUGUUUAGACUAAAAGGACAUGGAGAUGAACCACUGAAUCUCGCUAUCGCGUAAGGAAGUGGAAGGAAUAAAGCCAAAUGGACUAGCUAAGCCGAAUUAUUAUUUGAACUUGUAAAUUAUUAUAUUGUUUGCUUGGCAUGUAUGUUUCUAUAGUGGAACAUUAUUAUAUAGAUUCAUAAUGGUGAGUAAU